ACAAUAUACAGUAGUACAAUUAUUUGCUCUUUGAAAAGGUUUCAUUGAUUGGAAAGGAAAAUAAAUAUUUUGUUGAAGAAAUAAAAAUUUAGUGUUAUCAACAUGGCUAGUAUACCGUUAAUGUAUGCGCAGGAGGACUGUGAAUUGGGAGAAAAGGGAAGCAUUGAGGAUGAUUUUGCAUAUCGCAACAAUGUUAUGAAUGCGGAUAAGGAUAUACGUCUUGGCUUUAUUCGAAAAGUUUAUAGCUUGCUGACAGUACAACUCUUGGUCACUGUCGCAAUUGCCUCUGUUUUUUUACUUGUUAAGCCAGUACAAGUGUUUAUACAUUCCAAUGAAUGGAUGGUACUAAUUGCAUUUGUUCUGAGUAUGGGGACACUACUAGCACUGAUUGUUAAACGUCGUGAAUAUCCUACAAAUCUCUACCUCCUGGCUGGUUUUACUGUGGUGCAAGCAUACACUAUUGGUGUAGUGGUGUCAUACUUUGACACAUUUAUUGUACUUCAAGCCCUGGCACUCACAUUCACGGUGGUUCUUGCUCUGACUUUAUUCACAUUCAAUACAAAGAGGGAUUUCUCUUUUGUCGGAUACGGCCUCGUAGCCGGACUCAGCGUGCUUAUUAUCGGGGGUUUUCUUCAAAUCUUCCUUCAAAGCUCUGCCUUCGAAAUCGCCCUUUCGUUCACGGGAGCUGUAUUCUUUGGACUUUUCCUUAUCUUUGACACUCAACAGCUUAUGACAACUCUAUCCCCAGAAGAAUAUAUCCUCGCGACUAUCAAUUUGUACAUGGAUAUACUAAACCUAUUUCUAUACAUUUUGCGUAUUUUAAACGAAUUAAACCGUAACUGAACAGUAUUAAGUGCAAAUUCUGCUAUUGUAUAUAAAUAAGGCUAUAUAUUUCAGAUACUUCGAUAUUUUUUUGUGAAAUGGCUGUGAAUGCUAAAUUCCAAACGUUUUUGCGAAUUAUUUUACUAUCCGACGUUCGUACGAUAAGUGCGUUUUUUAACAUUAUGGCAGCUUCUACGUGCUGAAGUAAUUAUAUUAAAAAAAUAUAAAAAUUUGUAUCUUUGUACAUUGUUGUUGCCACAUAUUUUAAAAUCUAAAUAAAACAAAAUUUUAUUGGAAUAUAAGCCCCUCUUUAUAGAGUUAAAUUUAUGUUGGUGAAUGUAGUAGAGCGAAGUCGGAUCCUGGAUUUUUCAUAGCACAAUAUCUAUUAUCUAUUACUACAUCGUUAUAAACGUGAUUAUUUUAAUAAAUUGUUUGGAAAUCAA